AUGCCCUGCAAGGCGCUCGCCGUCUGCCUCCUGGGGCUCCUGGCUCUCUCCUCCGCUUGCUACAUCCAAAACUGCCCCAUCGGGGGCAAACGCGCCGUCCUGGACAUGGACAUCAGGAAGUGCAUGCCCUGCGGUCCCAGGAACAAGGGCCACUGCUUCGGACCCAACAUCUGCUGCGGAGAAGAGCUGGGCUGUUACAUCGGCACCUCCGAAACCCUGAGGUGCCAGGAAGAAAACUUCUUGCCGACACCCUGCGAGUCGGGACGCAAACCCUGCGGCGGCGGCAGCGGAGAGAGCUGCGCGGCCCCCGGCAUCUGCUGCAGCAGCGAGGGCUGCGUGGUGGACUCAUCCUGCGACCAAGAGAUGCUCUUUGCGUAG